CACAAUAGAUGCAGUUUCUCUUGCUUCUGUUAUGUUGUGCGCGUCCCUGUUUUGGCGGAAAACGCUUUAAUCUCGUUGAUAAACUGAAUUUAUCGGUGUGAUUGGGCUAAUAUAAUUAUGCACUGACUGUGGAUUUCUUCUAAUGCCUUCACUAGGAUUUUAUUUGAAGCAUACAUAGACUGUUAUAUUCAACUGACUUCAUCGGUAGCGUAUUUGAUGCUCAGAAUCAAAAAUGGCUGAGAUAGUGUAUCCAGCAGGAUGCAGACCCAUAAGCGAGGACUUGGGCCCAGACGAGCUGAUCCGCCGUCUGAAGACGUUGGCCCAUACAUUGCAGGCCAUGGGUCAAGACGAUGGAGCAUACAGACAGUACAUACCACUCUCCCUGCACCUGGCUCAGGAACAGUUCCUGUCGCAUCCGUCGCGUGACGUUCAGUUGCUGAUCGCCUGUUGCAUUGCAGACGUUCUCAGAGUAUACGCUCCUGAGGCUCCAUACAAGGAUCCCGAACAGGUAAAGACUAUCUUUUUGUUUUUGAUUACGCAGCUGUCGGGACUGAAGGACCCCAAAGAUGCUGCGUUCAAAAGAUACUUUUACUUGUUGGAGAAUUUGGCUUACGUGAAGUCCUUCAAUAUGUGCUUCGAAUUGCAAGAUUGUCAAGAGAUAUUCUGCAAUCUGUUUCAAUUGAUGUUUAAAAUUGUUAACGAUGAGCACUCCGGACGUGUUAAAAGUUUUAUGCUUGACGUAUUGUGUCCACUUAUUACCGAGAGUGAUAUGGUGGGCAAUGAUUUACUUGACAUAAUAUUAAUGAAUAUUGUGGAGCCAUGCAAGUCGCAGAAGAAAAACGCCUAUUUCCUGGCUAAAGAGCUAAUUGUUAAAACUUCAGAAACUUUGGAGCCAUACAUACAAGCCUUCUUUAAUCACGUGCUUAUUUUGGGCAAGGAAGAUAAAAAUUUACAAAUCUGUGGCAAAGUAUAUGACCUUAUUUACGAGCUGAAUCAUAUUUGUCCACAAAUUUUAUUAGCAGUACUGCCACAGUUAGAAUGUAAACUAAAAAGUCCACUCGAAGAUGAAAGAUUGGCUGCUGUGGCGCUGUUGGCUAAAAUGUUUAGCGAAAAGGAUUCAGAACUUGCUAAACGCCACAGUUCGCUUUGGAGAGCAUUCUUAGGCCGGUUCAAUGACAUUUCUGUGGCCAUCCGUACCAAAUGCGUCCAGUAUUCCAUGCACUUCCUGCUAAACCAUCCAGAUCUAAGAAAGGAUAUUACUGAGACCCUCAAAUUGAGACAGCACGACUCCGAGGAAAACGUCAGAUAUCAAGUGGUGACGGCCAUUGUAACCACCGCAAGGAACGAUUUCCAAGUGGUCUCCGAUUCUGAGGACUUGCUCGAGUUCGUCAAGGAAAGAACCUUGGACAAGAAGUUUAAAAUAAGGAAGGAAGCCAUGUCAGGCCUUGCGCUUAUUUAUAGAAAACAUUUAAGCGAUCCAGACGUUCCAAACGCUACGAAAAAAGCGGUCACUUGGAUCAAAGACAAAAUCUUGCAUGGAUACUACAUGGCUGGCAUGGAAGACAGGCUGUUAGUAGAGAGAUUGCUGAACACUUGCUUGGUACCGUACCAGCUUCCUCCGGCCGAACGAAUGAAGAAAUUGUAUCACCUGUUGGGCACCGUGGACGAACACGCAACCAGAGCUUUCAUGGAACUGCAAAAGAAUCAAUUGUGCGUCAGAAAACUUGUACUCGAGUGGUUGGAAUUGCACAGAAGGAACGUCAACACGGAUCUAACUAAAGAAUUGAACAUGAAAGUUUUGGCUUUGUCUAAAUGCCUGCCGGAACCGGUAAAGGCUCACGAGUUUUUGUCCAAUUUUAGUGCACACAUGAAACGAGACUCCGCCCUCCUUGAGGCAUUCGAAACCGUAGCCAGACCGUCGGUGAGUUGUAAAGAAUGCUCCGAAGCAACAGCCGCCGUUUUAAAGAAACUUGGGGCCCCUGUGAUGACGAAUUUGUAUUACAACACAGUCAAAAUGUUAUUGGAAAGAAUAAGCUCGGUUAUGAUAGAUCAUUCUGCGAUACGACUAUUAGUCGGAUAUGUUGACGACUGCCUGAGAGGUGGAAACACCAUCGAAGAAGUAGGACUACAUCCAGCGACGGCAGGAGACAGAGGACUCAAAUUGUUGAUCAUGCUGAGUGUCGUCUUCCCCUGUCAUUUUAUCUACCAGGACGUUUUGGAACAAUUGAUGACCUUACUGAGUUUGGAAGACGAAACUGUGGCACCAAUGGUCCUUGCCGUAUUCACGUUCCUUGGAAAAUAUAAGUGUCUGUACGAAGCAUUCCCAGAAAUAAUGGAUUCCUUGGCGCCGAUAUGCAAGGAAUUUAGCCAAACUGGCACCCCGAAGCAAGCCAAAGGAGCUAUCCAUUGUAUAUAUAAAAAUAUGCCAGAUCUGCACGACAGUCUUUUCCCCAGCAUUCUGGAAGCGGUGAAAAACAAUUUGUGUCCCGAGUCGCCGCAUUACAGAACGGCGAUCGUAACACUCGGACACAUUGCUUUCAAUGUUCCAGAAAAGUACAAAGUCCAGAUUAAAAACAUAGUGUCCAGAAAGAUCGUCAAGGAGCUGUUGGUGAAGGAAUCCUCCAAGGAGACCGAAUACGAAAUGGGUGACGAUCCUUGGUGCACGGAGGACGAACUUCCGGAGGAGACCAGAUGCAAAGUGGAGGGUCUGAAGGCAAUGGCCCGAUGGCUUUUGGGUCUCAAACAAGACGCCGCCUCCGCACAGAAAACGUUCCGGAUGCUGAACGCUUUCAUAUUGCAUAAGGGUGAUUUGUUGCAGUCCGGCAGACUAUCGCCCGCCGAAAUGUCAUGGCUUAGAUUGGCAGCUGGCUGCGCCAUGUUGAAGGUGUGCGAGCAAAAAGGCGUCGGCGACCAGUACACCGCCGAACAGUUUUACAAUCUGUCCCAGCUGAUGGUUGACGAGGUAAAGCAAGUACGCGAGACGUUCGCCGCGAAACUGCACAAAGGCUUGAGCAAAGGUUUACCGAACAAGUGUUUGCCGUUGGACUUCAUGGGAUAUUACGCUCUUUCCGGCCGAGAACCUGAAAAUCGUCUAAAGACCACGAUUCGUAACUACAUGACGGCAGACAUUAACAAACGUCGGGAUUACGUUAAGACGCUAACCAUGGGCUCAGGACAUAUUGAUAAAGCGCUUGGUCAGUUGCCCCACAUUUUACCAGACUACAUGCUGGUGUUCGCGAUUCCAAUUUUGGCCCACGAUCCUCAACUUAAACGCUGGGAUGACGUGGAAGAGUUAAAGAAAGCCAAGCAAUGUCUGUGGUUCAUACUGGAACCGUUGGUCACCAAAACGGAAUCGUUCAGUUACGGAUUUUACAAGAAUUUGAUAGAAAAGAUGAAGAAUCACAAGGAUGCUGUCAGACCCGAUGAUGACUCCAUGAAUUAUAAACUUUGGGCAUUGUGCGACUUGUCUUCUGGACUGCUAUUGACUAGAACGACGAACUACGACUUAAAGGACUUCCCGACGGAAACCCGCGUACCGACAAUGUACUUUUUACCACAAGCCGACUUUUUAAAUAACAAGGUAUUCUUGCCUCCGGAAUUGCAGUACCAGCCUAACAAAAAGACGAGCAUCACUUUGUCAAUGUUGCACCAUGAAAGACAAAAGAGGCCCAAACCCAAGAAACCUGAAGCGAUUGGAAUGGAUGUGCAGCAAACAUUUGUUGGUGGAAUUGACGCGCAGCCUUCCGAGGCCUCCGAUACCAAAAUACAGCUACCAGGUCUAGAAGACGACAUAGACGAUCCCCCGUCAAAACGGAUCUGCAAUCGAAUCGAAUUGGAAGUGAGCAAAUAAGGAUGGAGAUUCAUAAUGUACAUACAGAUGUCAAAUACGUAGUGAGUGCGAUCUCGAGUGACGGCUUUACGGGAGACGGACCACUGUGCUUUGUUUACUCAUAGUCUAACCUUCAUUUUACGGAUUUGUUUUUGUGUUACAAAUUUUUUGAAGGACUUAGCGAUUAAGUUGUUUCUGUCACUCUAUCAAUUAUUAAAUGUAAAUAUAUAAUGCACUAUUGACUUACUUUAAGCAGUUUUAAUUUUCUUUAUUGUUGUAAAUUAAAUUUUACCAACAUUAUGUUAAUUUGAAGAAAAUUUCACACAUUUUUACCUAAUGAUGUCCUUUUCCAAAUCUGUAACAGAAUUAGGCCCGUAUUAUUAAAUGUUAGUGAAUUAUUAAUCACUCUCUUUUUGAUUUUUACAUGUACAUUAAGCUAGUAAUAAACUAGAUAAUACAACCAUCCUUGUAAUUUUGUGUGCUUUUUUAUACACUCGCGAUGUAGGUAAAUGAUCGCAAACAUUUCUACAGCAUCCUGAUUAGAUACGUAAGUAAGUGAUAGUGAACAGUUAUUUUUUUAUCAAGGGAUGAGGUAUUUUAAAUGCUGGUUGGGACUGUUACAUCGUAUAGUGUUUAUUCAUUUUAACGAGGAUGUUAUCCAUUUUGCUGAAGCCUCAUUUAGUCAACAUAUUAUUCAAAUAACUAAAAUGAUUGGGAUAUUGGUGAACCUUAAUUUGUCUUCUAUUGUAGAUAGCUUUGGAAUAUACCAAAGGAUGAAAUUCUGUGUUCUUUAUUAAUGAUAGUCUGAGUAGAAUUCAUAUUAAGGUUUAUAAAUUUAAAGCAGAUGUAAAUUUUAUUGUAGAUACUAUACAGACUAUUUUUUUAAUUUCCAAAUAACCAUCCUGUCUACAAAGGAAAUAUACAAAAUCUCUGCAAUAAAUCCUAAUCAAUUUAAAUUAUAAUAAAUUGUCUAAGUUUGAUUCAGUUACUUUAUUGAAAUCGUUAUGCAUAUAAUAACGACUCCCGUAAUAAGUAUGUAGUAUCGGGAGAUAAUCGGUAAAAAAUAUGCACUAUGCUAAAUACUACCUUUAUUUCUUUGAUCUGACAGUUGGUUAUUUAGUUUUUGGUAUACUUUUCUACUCAAGUAAAAUAUACUAAAUUGUAUUAUUACUUUUAAAAUAAACCAUUGUCUACAGUA